GGCGUCUCGGUCUCCUCCUCCUCCCCCUCCCCGAGCUCCGGCCGCGCGCCUCCCGCCAGAAGCAGGUCCGGUCCCUGAUCCCUCCUUCCUCUAGCUUCCCCUCCCACACCCGCUGGAAUCGCGAAUGCCCUGCCCGGGCCUCUUCUCUUCUGGCCGCGCGGGGCUCCGGGCCGCGGGAAUGGGGAGCUCGGUGCCGCCGGGGCGCCCGAUUCGGAUGGCGCCGGUGGCGGUUUCAUCGGGGUGGGCCGCCGCGCGCUGGGUCUCGGGGGGAUUUCGUGUGGUUACGGAUUCUAGGAUUGCGGGGGAUUUGUGGGCGGUAGGCGGGCCGUCACCUGCAUUGUGGAAUUGAUGAGAUGGACUAUUGCGGUAGAGGAUUCAAUAUUUCUGGAUUGUCAGCUUGCCACUAUUGGGUCUGGGAUUAGCUCCCCGAUGGGAUUAUGCAGUGCGGAGAGACCGAGAUUUCAAGUCGUUUAUCAUCCCCCUGGGGUUCCGUGCUCGUUUAGCUAAGCCUGUCCUGGUCAACAGGGUCCGGUUUUGCUGUACGAUGAAUGUUCAUUUCACCGCAAUUCGUGCGCUGUUUGUAUCUAGUGAUGACACUGAAAGAAAGACGAUGCUGUGCUUUGCUAUCAUGAUAGUAUUAGCCACGGGAGAUCAUGUAACCAGUAACCACCUUUUUGUUCUCUAUCUAUUUCCACUUGCUCAGUCUUCUAGUAUGCAGAUUCUGCUUUGCUUCAUGUUUAAUUCGUGUGAUGAGAGGUUUAUGAUAAUGGAUGGUUUCUUUGAAUAAUUGGCAGGAUACAAUUUUUGAUAUAUGGACAGCUUGUUCGAACAUACUCACUGAAAUGGAUAAGAAGAAAGCAAUCGACGACACUGAACCAGGACCGGCUCCUUCUCGCGGUGUGGACAGAUUUGGUUUUAUAAAGCCAGAGCAAAGUGGCUCACCUGAUGGACUUCCAAAAGGCAGAUCCAUACAUGAACGUGAGAGGGAGGAAAGAAGGAUAAGAAAAUGGAGGAAGAUGAUAGGUGUUGGUGGUAGUGACUGGAAGCACUAUGUUAGAAGGAACCCUCAUGUGGUCAAAAGGCGAAUAAGGAAAGGAAUUCCUGAUUGUCUUAGAGGGCUUGUUUGGCAGUUGAUUUCAGGAAGCCGAGAUCUGUUGCUAAUGAACCCUGGGGUUUAUGAGACGCUAGUGAUAUAUGAGACAUCGGCCUCGGAAUUGGAAAUUAUUCGCGACAUAUCACGUACAUUUCCAUCUCAUAUUUUCUUCCAACAAAGACAUGGUCCGGGUCAAAGAUCCUUGUAUAACAUUUUGAAAGCAUACUCUGUCUAUGAUAGGGAUGUUGGAUACGUGCAGGGAAUGGGAUUUUUAGCUGGGCUGCUGCUUCUUUAUAUGAGUGAGGAGGAUGCAUUCUGGUUAUUAGUUGCCUUGCUGAAGGGAGCUGUCCAUGCACCAAUGGAAGGCUUGUAUCAGGCUGGUUUGCCACUUGUGCAGCAAUAUCUGUCUCAGUUUGAGAAAUUAGUUAUUGAGCACAUGCCAAAAUUGGGACAACACUUUAUUGAAGAAAUGAUAAACCCAAGCAUGUAUGCAAGCCAAUGGUUUAUCACAGUUUUCUCAUAUUCCUUCCCAUUUCAUCUUACUCUUAGAGUUUGGGAUGUCUUUCUUUAUGAGGGUAUUAAGGUUGUUUUCCAAGUAGGAUUGGCUCUUUUACGAUUCUGUCAUGAUGAUUUGGUCAAAUUACCUUUUGAGAAGUUCCUACAUGCCUUGAGAAAUUUCCCUGAGGAGGCAACUGAUCCAGAUGUAUUAUUGCCAAUUGCCUUCACAUUUAAGGUGUCAAGUCGUCUUGAAGAGCUUCAGAAGGAAUAUCAUAAGGGGCCGGAGGGCAGCAGUGAAACUUCAAGUAUCAAGCGGCACCAAGCUCUCAUAUCGAAGACGAUGAGCAGGGUUGGUAGCCGCGUAAUAUCUAACUUAACCGCUGACAAAAAAUGACAGGCAUGAUCUCUUGUUGUAAAACAAAGCAACACCUUGUUGUAACUUGUAUGUACACUGUACAGAAAGAAUGGCCUUCAUUCGUUCAUCCUCUUGUUGCUCUGUUUGUUAGUUACUAUUACAGUGCUUUCAUAAACGGAAGAGGUGUAACUCCUUUUAACUAUGGGGGUGCAGCGGAGCUCCUGAUGUUGCUUUCAUCUCUGGACAAGUGCACGUACAUAUGGAUAUGGAUGGAUAGAUACAGUAGAGAGAUGUUUCGAUGCUU